AUGUACUCUAGUUACACGUACGCCAAGUGUAGACGAGAAUACGGUAGGCAAUGUAAAUUCAAUAAUUGGGGUCCCAAGUUGCUAGAGAACUUAAUCCCGGAACCCGGUCUGGAAGAACAAUGGAUAGCAAAAAACCCGUGUCACAGGAGCACGUUGAUCGCCGUCGACAUGUCCCUACACGAUAUCAACACCAUUCGUGCAGAGUACGCGGAACGGGGUAUAAACCACGUGGAAGGUGGAUGGCCCAAAGACGUUAAUAUUGACGACCCAGAACAGGUGGUCAGGUUUAGGAAAAAAGCAGAAAAAGACGAAUCGUACAUGCAAGCAGUAAUACAGAUGUCCAACCUCACUGAACAUUUCAUCCACCAAAACAACUCGAUCGAUAUUUACGAACCAUAUUUCAUCGACCCGGACUGCCAGCUGUUGCAUACAAUAGCACCAUCUUUCCGGACGGUGGCUAUUAUGUCCGACACAUUCGCUUCAACAAGACCGGUACAAAACAUAUCCUGGUCUCCUGAUCAAGGUUCGUUAGUAGCGAUAAGUUAUGCCAACUUGGAGUUCCAAAAAGCAGAUCCACUCGAUAGUCCAAAUUCACUAAUAUUCGAUUUGGAGGACUCGACUACUCCGUAUCUCACAAUCGAAUCACAGUAUCCUGUUGCUGUGCUUGAGUUUAAUAACCGAGACUCUCAGUGCUUAGCCGGCGGUCUUGUAAGCGGUCAGGUUUGUUAUUGGGAUAUUCGUAAAAGUUCUGCGAGUGUCGGAAUAAGCAACGUUAAAAGCAGCCACCGCGAUCCAGUCAGAAGUCUCCGUUGGAUUCAUUCAAAAACUAGUACGGAAUUCUACACAGGCGCGGCUGACGGUCAGGUUAUGUGGUGGGACACGAGAAAACUAACGGAACCGACGGAAGUUCUGUUUUUAGAUUUGUCCAAAAGCGAGAAAACAGAUGAUCCCGAAUGGGAGAAAUGGGCGCGAUCACAUGGUGUAUCUUGUUUGGAUUACGAUCCUGCAAUUCCGAUUCGGUUUAUGAUAGGUACUGAAACUGGACAGGUGUUCAAUGGAAAUCGAAAGGGUAAAACUGUAUUUGAAAAAAUAUCAGGUAUAUAUAAUUGUCACGCUGGUCCAGUAUACGCGGCUCAACGAAGUCCUACGUUUUUGAAAAACUUUUUAACAGUUGGCGACUGGCAAGUGCGAUUAUGGUCGGAAGACGUCAAAGACUCGCCAAUCAUGUGGUCAAAGCGACACGAAAUGAGAUUAACUGAUGGCGCUUGGAGUGAAACUAAACCUUCGGUGUUUUAUACAAUUCGGGCCGACGGUUGUCUAGAUGCUUGGGACGUUUUACAGAAACAGAAAGAUCCCAUACUCACAAUUAAGGUAUCUGACAAAAGCUUAAACUGUAUUAAAUGUCACGAAAACGGAGCUUUAUUGGCUGUAGGCGAUGACUGCGGUAAAACAUAUGUAAUAGAAAUGAACGAUUGGUUUGUGACCCCUGGUAAAAACGAUAAAGCCUUAAUGGCUGCUAUGUUCGAUCGAGAAACCAAACGUGAGAAAAUUAUUGAGGCCAAACAUCGUGAGAUGAAAUUAAAAGCAAAAACCGGGCCUAAAGAAACGACUGGCAAAGAUAAUCAAGCCAAGAUGGCUGAAGCCGUGGCAAGAUUGAUUGAACAGGCAGAGAGGGAAUUUAUUGAACUCAGCACAGAUAAACAGCAAGAUGAUGCUACAAAAGAAGAAGAUCAAGUUGAUGAAGUGGAAGAAGAAGCCGGAUUCGAAGAUCAAUUUGAGCUGUAG